AUGCAAGUUCAAUUUUACACUCAAUGGGAGGUAGUCUCCUACGUCCAAACUAUCUGGUUUGCCUUUUUACUCUUGGUCCAUAUCAGUCUCAUAGUGAUGUUUAUCAGUAAGCCUGGCAAAAAAAAGUCGAUGCUCAUGUUUGGGGCAUACUUUGGAGUGUUCUGCACCUUGAAAAUGAUCGGUGGUAUCACCUCCAUUGUCACUCUCCAUGCUAGUACGUUCAACAGAAGUGCUUACACUGCUGCAUAUAUCUGUGAUUCGGUCGCUAUUGGUUUGCUCAUCAAGUCUACCUUUCCAUUCCUUGAAACAAUGAAAAAGCAGGACGGAGAUGAAAAACUCGAGUGGAAAUUAGAGGAUAAGCUCGAGGGUUUUGAGGGGUUGGGCCGCGUUGGUCGUUUUAAUUUGCACCCAUUCAGAUUGCUCACAAUCUUGGUCUUGGUGUCCAUGAUUCUUGCUAUUGUCGGGACCGUCCAAAUUACUUCUGCUUCUUCAAGCGACAGUAAGUCUGAUUCGGAUAGUCCCGAAUUGAAGAUUGGUUCCUUCCUUUUCUUGGCCAGUACGUUGGUGUUGCUUGGAUUAUUAUUAUGGACUUAUUGCACUGUGUCCCACUUCCAAGUGAUUCUUCGCAUCUUUUUUGCAGUCGUUCCAUUAUUGAUCGUGAGAUGUUGCUAUUCCAUCAUUAGUGCACUUAAAGGAAUUAACUUCGACGACCCUUCAAAGUAUGCCAUUAUUUUUGGUGAUUACAAGUACUAUACGUUUUUGGCGUUCUUAUCUGAAGGGUUGAUCGGUCCAGUUUUGCUUAUUGUAUUCAACUGGUUUUUGAGAAACAAUAGAGCAGAGUUUUAA